AGUGUGGCUCUUUUGCAAUGUGUCUGGCUCACAAACGGACUACAAAAUGGCCGCUGUUGAUACGGUCCACCGCUGUAAAACCUCCCGCGCAUUGUGGGUGAAAGGAAGCGGUUAAAGCGGCACAUCAUUUCAAGCACAUCGUGUCUUCGUACGUCUUGUUCCCAUAAUGCCUCGUAUUGAGAAUGACAUCAAGCUGGACUUCAAGGAUGUUCUCCUGCGGCCAAAGAGGAGCACGCUCAAGUCCAGGAGUGAGGUGGACCUGAUGAGAAGUUUCACCUUCAGGAACUCGAAGGGCAGCUACACAGGAAUCCCCAUCAUCGCGGCCAACAUGGACACAGUUGGAACCUUUGAGAUGGCUCUGGCUCUUCACCAGUUCUCUCUCUUCACAACGGUUCACAAGCACUACACCGUAGACGACUGGGUGGAGUUUGCAGCAAAGCAUCCAGAAUGUGUGGAGAGCGUAGCUGUGAGCACGGGUACCGGAGACGGAGACUUUGAGAAGAUCUCUGCCGUCUUGGGAGCAGUUCCUCAGCUGAAGUACAUCUGUGUGGACGUGGCAAACGGCUACUCUGAGCACUUUGUUCACUUCGUCAAGGACGUCAGGGAGAGAUUCCCCUCUCACACCAUAAUGGCUGGAAAUGUCGUGACGGGAGAAAUGGUGGAGGAGCUGAUCCUCGCUGGGGCCGACAUCAUCAAAGUGGGCAUCGGACCAGGCUCUGUUUGUACCACUCGCAAGAAGACCGGGGUGGGUUACCCUCAGCUCAGCGCUGUGAUCGAGUGUGCAGAUGCAGCCCACGGCCUGGGCGGUCACAUCAUCUCUGAUGGUGGCUGCACUUGUCCAGGAGAUGUCUCCAAAGCCUUUGGUGCCGGUGCGGACUUUGUGAUGCUGGGGGGCAUGCUGGCAGGACACUUGGAGAGCAGUGGCGAGAUAAUCGAGAAGAAUGGCAAGAAAUAUAAGCUGUUCUAUGGAAUGAGCUCUGACACGGCUAUGAAGAAACACGCAGGAGGAGUCGCUGAGUACAGAGCGUCUGAAGGGAAAACAGUGGAAGUCCCCUACAAAGGACCCGUCGGCGAGACAAUACGAGACAUCCUGGGUGGGGUGCGCUCCACCUGCACCUACGUCGGCGCAGGGAAACUGAAGGAGCUGAGUCGCAGGACGACCUUCAUCAGAGUCACCCAGCAGCUCAACACCGUCUUCGGCAACGACAGCUAAACUCUCCUGUUAAAGUCUGCAACACUGCCCGCAUGACCUCCACAUGCUGCUUUCAUUCCUGCAUUAACACAAAAAAUCUAUAAGAGUUUGUUAAAUCCUAGAAAGAUUUGAAGAACUUCCAGCACAGGCUGAGCACCUUUCGGGGAGUCAUGCUUUAAAUUCAAAUUUAAAACGUUUUUAUGCAAGCCCCUGAAAUGCAUCCCUUGUUCCUAACUUUAGAAUAUUUAAAUUAUUUUACUUAAAUAUGCAAAUGUGGUCAUAAAUAAUAUAUAUUUGUAGAAAUAUAAUAAUUCCCCUUUUUUAGCACUUUAAUGCUUUUAAAUAAUUCCAGUGUUGUUCCAUGUCUUCAAUUUCAAGACGGUGAAUAACAGUAGGAGAGCGCUCAUCGUUAGUCAUAGCAAAGGUAUUAUUUGUUCAAAGUGUUCUUCUUUAAUGACCCUUGCUGCUAAGGUUUGCUACCAAAGUUGUUACAGCUUCAUUCCAACACCUAUAACAGUUUUACUAUCUGUAGCCUUGAAGGUAGUGUAGUCAUUCUUACCUUUAAAAGGCUUUUUUACCCAUCAGUAUCACCUUUUCUGCUCAAUUUACAAACCAUUUCAAGCUCUUUUCAUGAUGUUUGUGUUCUAUGUUUACAUAAAGGUUUCUGUGGCCAAAUGUAACGGAUAAAAUGCAUUUCUCUUUCAUUUAAUAAAGCAUUCCACUUUUUUUUGGUUCA